AUGGGCAUUAAAGGCAUCUAUCGUGAGCUGGGACCUGGCAAAAGGGUUUCACUUUCCAGGUUGGCGGCAGAACACCUCGAAAGUUCCGGCCGGCCACUACGCAUUGCCGUUGACAUUGCUAUAUGGCAAUUUCAGGCACAGGCCGCAAAAGGCGGCACAAACCCUGCCAUAAGGACUCUGUUUUAUCGUCUGGCACGACUUCUCGGCCAAGCAAUACACCCUAUUUUCGUCUUUGAUGGCCCUCAUAAGCCCGCUUUCAAGCGCAACAAGCGCUCGGGCAGAGGAAAUGGGGGCGCCACAGCUAUGGCCAAAAGGCUCAUUCGUCUUUUUGGAUUCCCUAUUCAUGAUGCUCCUGGUGAGGCCGAAGCUGAGUGCGCCUUACUACAACAACAGGGCAUUGUCGAUGCGGUGCUGAGUGAGGAUGUCGACACCAUUAUGUUCGGUUGCACAAGAACACUUCGAAACUGGUCGGCAGAGGGGAGUCGUGGGUCCAAGACACCUACUCAUGUCAGCAUGUACGAUGUCACUAAUCUCUUGUCUUCCGAUACCGGUCUAGAUAGGGAAGGGAUGGUUUUAGUCGCCUUGAUGAGUGGUGGUGACUAUAUACCAGAAGGUAUUCCUGGCUGUGGGGUCAAGUUAGGCUGCGAGGCCGCUAAAGCUGGGUUCGGAAAAUCUCUAUGUCGGCUUAAGCUUGACGACGAUGUGGCAUUCAAGCAAUGGAAGACAUACUUAGAGCAUGAGCUUCGUACCAACGAGAGCGGCUUUUUCCGAGUAAAGCACAAGGCCUUGUCCGUCCCGGACGAGUUCCCUAAUCGACAGGUUUUGCGUCACUACACCCAUCCAGUCGUCUCAGAUUCUGCUACUGUCGAUAAAAUAAAUACAGCAAUCGGCCUUAGCCGUUCGAUUGAUGUGCAGGGUCUUCGAUACUUCGUUGAAGAGACGUUGGAUUGGACUAACAAAGUGGGUGCCGUGAAAUUAAUACGAGUUCUGUCCCAAGGUUUAUUGGUCCACAAGCUAUUGGAACGGCAUUUAUCUGGACAACCCUCUAAGGCAAUCGAGCAAAUGGAACAGGAAGAGAUGGCACUGAUCAAGCGAAUAUCCGGAAGAAGAAGCCACCAUAGCAUGGACGGUAUGCCAGAGCUACGGGUGGCGCACAUUCCGGCCCAAAUCGUCGGGCUAGACCUGUCACAAGAAUUAGACGAGGCUACGGCAGUCGAUCGGCAGGGAUUGGCUCUUAAUAGCGACGACGAAUUCGAUACAAAUAUCAACAGUACCUUUGAGAGCGACAGAGCUAAAUCGAAGCCUACUUUUGAUCCAAUGGUUGCCGAGUCCAUCUGGUUGCCAGAAUCUCUACUCAAACUAGGUAUACCUCUUACUGCCAGGGCUUGGGAUGAGAACCAACAGUCCAAAACUGUAUCUCGCGCCUCAAGUAAGGUUAGUAAGAAGAAAGCCAACGCGGCUUCUCCGACGGAACCCGGUUCGCUCGACAAGUGGGUGCAAAUCACAAAGAACGCUGGGACAAGAAGGUCAAAAAUUACAACGACUAUAACUACUUCUACCGGCACUAUGACAGCGGCAAGCCAAGUCAAACAGGCAGAAGUAUCGUUGCUUGACGAUACUGGCGAAGCAUCAUCGGUUGCGAAGCUUCGGCCGCGGAGCUCACCUGUAAUUGCUCCUGCUGUAUCUUUGCGAUCGAAUAACAAUGCAAGAAGUACAGUUACUCGAAGUAAGCAGUCCAGAUCCAACGGGAAAGCGAUUGCUGCAGAACCUACUGGGCAUAAGAACCCCUGGGCAUUCGCUAGCUCACAACACAGGCCUAGGAUCACCAAAUUUCAGCAGGCCUCAGAGCCGAUUACUCUGUCAUGUAGCCCCCUGCAUUCGUCGCCUGCGCCUCCUUGUACACCGUUGAUUGCAGCGCCGUCGCUGCAUAUCAUUGAUUUAUCUGGUGCCGAAAACACUUCAACUUUCAAGGCAGCCACGACGCUUGUUGUAUCCUCGGCAUCCUCAGCUCAACGAAUUGAUUAUAGUCGCGGGGCGGAGGCCACACGUCCGUCGUAUCCCCGUACAACCAGCAAGGGCACCCAACCGAUGAAGCAGACACGCAUAUGCUUUAACACCGAUUCUUCUCGGGCACAGCUGAGAAACCAUGAAACAAAUAUCAGAAAGACCUACGGGGUCGACUGCCAGCCGAAAGUAAUGACGCAUAUGGAAUGCAAAUCCACCAGCCUUCCCAGUCAAUCAUAUCUCAGACAAGAUUUGUCGAUACGAACGAUUAAGGACAACUCAAGGGUGUCCUACACUGCAGGGCAGUCGACAAGAGCAGUACCUCGCAUGAGUGCGGACGGGUUCUUCAAACUCGUGGAAGUCGUCGACGAAGAACACGAUGCUUGCAAGACAACCGAGAAGCCGAAACAUUCUGUCUCCAAGACAAGGAGGGAAAGUGGCGUCUCGGUCAUAGAUCUUACAGGAGACGACAAGUAA